AUGGUUCUUAAUGCUACUUUUGUGCUUCAUGCAGAAAGUUUUGACACACAAGUAAAUAAGAAAUACACAAAACUGACUAAAAUCUCUCUAUUUAUUUUGGCAGAUGCUUUCUUUACCUGUCAAAAGAAUGUGCUUCUGGCGAAGAGCACGUCCACCCAGGUAGAGGGCAUCUUUGCUGCAUCCAGAGGAAGGUCGGUGCCAGAAGAGCAAGAAGCCCUGCUCCAGCAGUGGCUGGAGCUUUCCCCAGCCAGUGACACUGCUCCAGCAGUGGGGAAAGUAUCGGCUGCCCUUGCUAGUGACUGGUUAGAAGGUUCAGAGUUAUUGAUGACCAGCCUUAGUGACCUGAAUUCGGCUCCAGAAGUCACGUGGUGUGCUGGUCAGCAGCUCGCAGAGCUCCACACCUUGGCAUCUUCAGAACCACGAGAUCAUGCAGUGGCUGAACUGGCAAAAUUACCAGCAGAGGAAACAGUGGCUGUCGUAGGCAGUGCCCCUUGGGCAGCUGUAAUGCCACAGACGGAUCACCAGAUAGUUGGCUGUGCCACUAUAGAUGUAGAAGGGCAGAAUGAAGACCCAGCUGUGCUGGCAUGGAGCUUAGCACGUGAUGCAGAGAUAGUGCCAGUGGAGCCCUCAGCCUGGACCAUUCAGAAUAUGGAACAGUUUCAGCCUCUUCCAGCAGAGCUGCCCUAUCAUGAGAUUUUAUGGAGAGACUGGGAGGAUCUUUUUGUCCAGCCCUAUGUGCCAGAGCAGGUCUCAGGAAACGUGCCCCUCUUUGAAUUUCGGGUGAUGUCUUACAACAUCCUGGCCCAGGAUUUGGUGGAACAGGGUUUUGAUCUCUAUCUACACUGCCAUCCAGACAUCCUGAACUGGAACUACCGCCUUCCAAAUCUUUUGCAGGAAAUCCAGCACUGGGAUCCUGAUGUUCUGUGUCUCCAGGAGGUACAAGAGAACCAUUACUGGGAGCAGCUGGAACCCACGUUCAGGAUGAUGGGCUUUGAAUGCUUCUAUAAGCGGAGAACUGGGAGGAAAACGGAUGGCUGUGCAGUGUGCUAUAAGCACAGCAAGUUCCAGCUGAUCAGUGUCAACCCCAUAGAAUAUUUCCGGCCUGGUCUGGACAUCCUCAAUCGAGAUAAUGUGGGCUUGGUGCUCUUACUGCAGCCUCUGCUCCCGGAAGGCUUGGAUCUGAAGAUGGUCAGUCCUUUGUGUGUGGCCAACACUCAUGUGUUGUACAAUCCCCGGCGAGGAGAUGUCAAACUUGCACAGAUGGCCUUGCUCCUAGCAGAGAUCGACAAGAUUGCCAAAACUGCUGAAGGCAGCUACUAUCCUGUCAUCUUGUGUGGCGACCUGAACUCUGUACCUGAUUCUCCACUGUACAAAUUCAUCCGUAAUGGCCAGCUUUCCUACCAUGGGAUGCCAGCCUGGAAGGUAUCUGGACAGGAAGACUUUUCCCAGCAGUUGCACCCACGGAAGCUGCUGGCCCCGCUGUGGCCAAGCUCGCUGGGUGUGACGGACAACUGCCAGUUCGUCUCCGUGUGCCCGUCGAAGAAAUCGGACAGACGUAAAUAUAGCCGGGACUUUCUGCUGCAGUUCCAUUUUUGUGAUGCUGCCUGUGAACGACCACCACAGUUGAUCUUCUUGGAAGGUGUGACAGAUGCUAAACCAGACCGUCCUGCACACUGGCCCAAGCAUGCUGCUGUGGUGAAUGACCCUGAUUCCCAGCCCUUCUUCCCAAGUCACUUCCUGCCACAGAGGGGGCGCCCAGAGGUCACAACCAUGCCCAUGGGGCUCGGAGCCACCGUUGAUUAUAUCUUCUACUCAGCAGAGCCCAUGGAGAAUGGGGACAGAGGCGGUCGCAGACUGUACCAGGAUGGAGCCCUGAAGCUGCUUGGCCGACUUUCUCUCCUCUCUGAAGAUGUCCUGUUGAUGGCAAAUGGCUUACCCAAUCCUUUCUGUUCGUCUGAUCAUCUCUGCCUGCUGGCUAGCUUUGGCUUGGAGAUCUCCAGCCUCAGAGAGGGUUAGUGUUGGUCCCCCUUCCCUAAAGAAAAGCUGUUCUGAAUACAGCAGUUGAGGCUCUGGAUGCAUAAUCUGCUUGCAAGAAAACUCUUUUCCUUGUCAUGUCCUAAAAGUCCCCUUCUCCUCUCAUGCCCUCACAGAAAGUUGGGAGUGGGAGAGUUGGAGUCUUUUGUGCAUUGAUAUUUUGUGGGCUCUGCAAAUCUGAGCUGUGUUUCCAGCACACUUCUAGUUGUUUUCAGGCUUUAUCAUCUCUUAAAGAGAUCUUUGGAGUUAACUUUCUGGUUUCCUUGCUUCAUUUAGCAGAUGUUUUAGUGCUGCAGGAGUCAACCUAACUCCUGUGUUUGCUUGUCCCUGGGUGAGACCUUCAAGGAGUCAGGCAGUCGAGGGGCAAUGUUCUCUACUUCUAGUUAGUUAAUUACUGCCAAAUAGCUGGGCUUGUACACACCAUACUCCUUCAUGUCAAAACAAGGGUUCUUUUAAAUUGUUAGCGAUUAGUUUAUGAAGCAUGGUCCUCCUAUCUACUGGCUGUGGUGUUGCCUUUAAGAACAGUGUUCCCCUGACUGCUUGAAAGUGGCUUUUACUUAAUGAUACAUAAGGGCUGUCUUUCUGACAAAAGA